CACGAUGGAGGGAGGCAGCGGCUCUGAUGCUGGCAUAAUCCCUCGCACCGUGGACCAUAAUUUUACUGAGAUGACGAGGCUGGCAGAGCAGGGCUGGGAGUACAAGAUGGAGGUCAGCAUUUUGGAGAUCUACAACGAAGAUCUCCGUGACUUGCUGGCCUCCCCGGCCGAUGCCAAAAACCUCUCGUACGAAAUCAAGCUCACCGACGGUGGCUCCGCCCACACCCCACGUGACCAACCUCAGGAUAAUGACAAUCUUAGUCGGGGAGGAGCAGCUGAAAAUCAAGAGGACCGCCGCCGCCAAGCAAACAAGAUAAUCAGCGGUCUCAGCCGCGUCUCCAUGGCCAUUGGCCGGAAUAAAAGACACAUGCCUUCUCGCGCAGCCAAGUUCACGCAACUGCUGGAGGCGGCACUCGGCGGCAAGUCGACGACGUUGAUGAUGGCUGGACGCGUCCGUCUACGAGACGAUCAGCAUCCUUCAAUUUGCGCCUACGGUGAUGAACAAGUGCCACAUCAACAGCAAGGCAGUUGGCAACGAAGGCUUAAUACGCAAUGAACAACACUUUUAAAUUA